AUGCCUAUUUCGCACGCCACUACGGAUUCGGUCGAGCUGGAGAUCCUGGAGAUACGGCAGGAUUCCAGCGACGACGACGAUGAGCACGAUCCGGCCGGUCGGUCGUACGGGGCGCGCAAUACCCGUGGUCGACGGAACCCCCCCGCUACGGUCGUGCGUCGCCAGCAGCAACAGCAGCAUCUCGAGCAUGGGCUAGCCCUGGCCGGCAGUAGCGCUGCGCGCGGUCCCGAAACCUUCGGCGCGGAACACGCCACAAUGUGCCGGACGGGAUCUCCACCGAAGCGGAAGCGCUUUCGCCGGAACCAUCGCAGCAGCAGCACCCGGCACAAAUCCAACUCCCAGAGCUGUGGCAGCCUGUACAAUCUGUCCGCGACCCGGCCGCUGCAUCCGCAGCGUUCCGAGCCGAACGUGAACUUCUACUCCAGUCCCGGUGAGCACGGGUACGAGGGCACGAUCGACGUUAACUUCCACGUGCAGGACAGCUCCAACACGCUGGACGAUGCACCGGUGCUGGAAAGUUGCGAAAGUCUCGGUGCAGGGCGACGGUCGCGUAGCGGUGGUGCCGGCACCCGGUGCGGAUCGGCCGGCACCGGUCGACUGCUACGGCCGGGCGGUGAUGGGGACGGUUUGGGGGAUGAGGCCGACGAUGGUAGCUACGGCAGUGGUAUGGACGCGCUCGACGACGGUGACCGUGGGGACGACGGCAUGACGGCCGGGUGUCUCGGUGGUGGUGGUGGGUCGGGCACGGGCCAUCCGCACGCGCAGCACGGGCUCCGGGCCUCGAUCGUGUCGGUGCUCGGCAAGCUGGGCAUGUGGAACACCAACAAACCACCGGGCGGGAAGCCGGUCCCGGUGCUGAUCCAUCGUAGCGACACGAAGUCGUCCUUCGAUCGUGGCCAAUCUUACAUAUCGAACGGAGCCAGCCGACUGCGAUCGAUUUUCGGGGAAAAUGAACGACGAAUACGAGCCAACGACAGAGAAUACAACACACAAUUCAAAUAUGCUAACAACUACAUCAAAACGUCCAAAUAUUCAAUAUUAACAUUUUUGCCUUUGAACCUGCUGGAGCAGUUCCAACGUCUUGCCAACUUUUACUUUCUGUGUCUACUAAUCCUCCAGCUGAUACCGGCGAUCUCGUCGCUGACGCCCGUCACCACCGCGAUCCCAUUGAUCGGUGUGCUCAUGCUAACUGCCAUCAAGGAUGCCUACGACGAUUUCCAAAGACACAUGUCCGACUCGCAAGUUAACAACCGCCGGUCGAAAACGCUCCGCCACGGGAAGCUGGUCGACGAGCGGUGGUCCGGCGUACAGGUCGGCGACAUUAUCCGGAUGGAUAACGACCAGUUCGUGGCGGCCGACAUACUGCUGCUGUCGUCCAGCGAACCGAACGGGCUGUGCUUUAUCGAGACGGCCGAACUGGACGGGGAGACGAAUCUCAAGAUCAAACAGUGCCUGCCCGAGACGGCCGCGAUGGGCCAGCAGGAGGAUCUGCUGUGGAAGUUUAACGGUGAAAUUGUGUGCGAACCGCCGAACAAUCUGCUGAACAAGUUCGAGGGUACGCUCACGUGGAAGAACCAGCGGUACCCGCUCGACAACGAUAAGAUCCUGCUGCGCGGUUGCAUCAUCCGCAACACGCAGUGGUGCUACGGUGUCGUCAUUUUCGCCGGCAAGGACACGAAGCUGAUGCAGAACUCGGGCAAGACCAAAUUCAAACGGACGACCAUCGAUAGGCUAUUAAAUUUUAUAAUCAUAGGAAUAGUGUUCUUUCUCUUAUCGAUAUGCGGUUUCUGCACGAUUGCAUCCGCAAUAUGGGAGGCAUUAGUAGGAUACAAAUUUCAAAUUUAUCUGCCAUGGGAAAGGAUAAUCCCAAAGGAUUACCUGCAGGGUGCAAUCAGUAUCGGGGGUCUAGUCUUUUUUUCCUACGCAAUCGUACUGAACACAGUGGUGCCAAUAUCUUUAUACGUGUCGGUAGAGGUGAUCCGGUUCGCGCAAUCCUUCCUUAUCAACUGGGACGAAAAGAUGUACUACGAGAAGUCGAAAACCCACGCCAAGGCACGAACCACGACGCUGAACGAGGAGCUGGGCCAGAUACAGUACAUCUUCUCGGACAAAACGGGAACCUUGACGCAGAACAUUAUGACGUUCAACAAAUGCAGCAUUGCCGGCCGUGCCUAUGGCGAUGUGGUUGAUAUGCGUACGGGCGAAACAGUCGAGCUGUCGGAGCCUACAUUCAACAGUAACACAUCGCUUUUGUUAAACGCUGAAGAGCCGCCAGGUCGCAGCACACCACAGCCCACCACCGAACAACCCGCUCAGACCAAAAGCCCCACAAACAAAAAGCAUCCACCUUCACUACACGUUAGAUUCAGUCAGCACAGUAAUGCCCAAGAAAUGCAGACGUCCAUAUCCACUAAGCAAGCCACACCACAAACCCAUAUCCCGGCGCAGUCAACUACCGAUGUACCACCAAGUGGGAACAAUACGCAAGAAGGACUGCAUGUUUCUUCAUAUAGUGUGGUGAUGGAGUCGGUUGACUUUUCCUUCAAUCCCGAGUACGAACCCGAGUUCCGGUGGUACGAUCAGGGACUGCUCGAUGCGGUCCGCGCGGACGAGGAGCACGCGCAUAACUUUUUUCGAUUGCUUGCCCUAUGCCAUACCGUGAUGGCGGAGGAGAAAAAUGGCAAGUUAGAUUAUCAAGCACAAAGUCCUGACGAGGCGGCCCUCGUAUCGGCGGCGCGAAAUUUUGGAUUUGUUUUUAAAUCACGAGCACCGAAUAGUAUAACAAUAGAGGUCAUGGGACGAACAGAGGAAUAUGAACUGUUGAGUAUAUUAGAUUUUAAUAAUGUUAGAAAACGAAUGUCGGUCGUGUUGCGUCGCAACAACACCAUCAUACUGUACUGUAAGGGUGCCGAUAGUGUGAUAUACGAUAGGCUAGGACCGAACCAGCAUGACCUGAAGGCACGCACGCAGGAACAUUUAAACAAAUUUGCCGGCGAAGGUUUGCGCACGCUGGUGCUCGCCGAAAGGCGACUGACGAAGGAGUUCUACGAGUCCUGGCUGGUGCGACAGAGAGAAGCUGCCUUAUCUUUAGACGGUAGAGAGGACAAGUUGGGUGCAAUCUACGAGGAGAUCGAAUGUGAUAUGCAGCUGGUCGGUGUGACGGCUAUAGAGGAUAAGCUACAGGACGGUGUCCCCCAGACGAUCGCCAACCUACAGCUGGCUGGCAUAAAGAUUUGGGUUCUGACCGGUGACAAGCAAGAAACUGCAAUAAAUAUAGGGUAUUCCUGUCAGCUGCUAACGGACGAUAUGGUGGACGUGUUUGUGAUUGACGGUAUUACGAAGGGUGAGGUGGAACAGCAGCUGCGCAAGUACAUGGACUCGUUGCGGAUCGUGAACACCUACCAUCCAGCUAAUGUGCAAAAAGCUAACAACAUGCACACGCAAACGGUCGGCAGUAGUGAGACGAGUGCGGUGACGGCCAACGGUGCACACAGCAGCAGCUCGGGACCGAUGGUCGACAUACAGAACACCUCGCCGCCGUCCGUGUCGGUGGUGACGUUUAGGUGGGAUAAUAGACAUAAAUAUACAAGCAUAGGAGGAAGCGAGGAGGCACCGGACAGUGUAAAUUGUAGCAACUAUUCCGAGGGCUUUGAGAAAGGCGAACCGACGCUAACGGAUAUAGACGAGAACACGGGUGUCGCGCUGGUCAUUAAUGGGCACUCGCUCGUACACUGUUUAACGUCCGAGCUGGAAAGCAAAUUCCUGGAGAUCGCAUCCCACUGUAAGGCGGUGAUCUGCUGUCGGGUAACGCCACUACAGAAAGCGAUGGUCGUGGAGCUGAUCAAGCGUGCGAAGAAUGCGGUCACCCUAGCCAUCGGUGACGGUGCUAAUGAUGUGUCAAUGAUUAAAGCGGCACACAUUGGCGUGGGCAUCUCGGGCCAGGAAGGUAUGCAGGCCGUGCUGGCCAGCGACUACUCGAUCGCUCAGUUCAAAUUUCUCGAAAGACUGCUGCUGGUACAUGGCCGCUGGUCCUACUACCGCAUGUGUAAAUUUUUGCGCUACUUUUUCUACAAAAACUUUGCAUUCACAUUGUGCCAUUUUUGGUAUGCAUUUUUUUGCGGCUUCAGUGCUCAAACCGUUUUCGAUCCAAUGUUUAUAUCAGUGUACAAUCUAUUCUAUACAUCGUUGCCGGUGCUGGCGCUCGGCAUCUUCGAGCAGGACGUGUCGGACAAGAGCAGCGUCGAUUACCCGAAGCUGUACGCGCCCGGCAUUACGAACGCACUGUUCAACACGACCGAGUUCAUACGCAGCGUGCUGCACGGUAUCUUCAGUUCGCUGAUAUUGUUUCUCAUUCCGUAUGGUACGUAUAAGGAUGGUAUCUCCCCGGACGGAUAUGUGCUUAACGAUCAUAUGCUACUCGGUUCGGUAGUGGCCACUAUACUCAUCCUAGACAAUACAGCACAGAUCGCACUAGACACCUCGUACUGGACCGUUUUCAAUCACAUCAUGAUCUGGGGCAGUCUGCUCUGGUACUUCUUUUUGGACUACUUUUACAACUACGUUAUCGGUGGUCCUUACGUUGGUUCGCUGACACAAGCCAUGAAGGAAGCGACAUUUUGGUUCACGACAGUCCUGACCGUGAUAGUGCUAAUGAUACCGGUGCUUGCCUCACGCUUCUACUUUGUCGAUGUGUUCCCCAGCUUGCCCGAUAAGAUUCGUGUGCAGCAACGAUUAGCUCUACUGCGUUCCCGUCAGAGCAGUGACGUGCUAAGGACACCGUCAGCUCGAAAGGCUCGAAGAUCGUUACGCUCCGGAUAUGCUUUUGCGCACCAGGAAGGAUUUGGUCGGCUUAUUACGUCGGGCAAAAUUAUGCGCAAACUGCCACAGGACUUUGCCUUCCCGUUGGGGCUGGGCAGCAAAAAGCAACAAUCAACCGAAUCGACCAAAAACAAUAACAAUAACAACAAUAGCAACAAUGCUAACAAUGUUACAAAUGCGGCCAACGGUGCCGGGAGCGUAACUCGCACCGGUACGAACACGACCGCAACGACACUGUCGGCGAUGGCUGCGGGUGCAGCGGCGGCUGCUAACGGCAAUCAGCUGGUCAACCUGCCCGGCAGCUCAAACGGUGACCAUAGUCCACGGGCACCCUGUCAGGAUCUGGAUACUAUUAACCUGUAA